CUAGUUCAGAGCAACAAACUUACUGCUGGACGAUGUGUUGCUCUUUGAAAGCGAAUCCAUUGAUCCAGACGAGUCACAGAAAUGUAUCUUCUAAUAGUUCUUCAUUAAACAACGUUGCAUUUUAUUUUCAUAUGGGAUCUUUGGGGGAAGCCAUAUCAUUUAUAUCUAUAAUCUACGGUAUUAGUCAUAGCCUAACCCAAUAUCUUUCCUAUUAGGUAUGACGCUCAAUACAUAUUCAGUGCGCAUUAUAUAAUAUAUUUUAGAUGCAUUUUUGUGAUCAAUAGCACAUUUGAUAAAUUACAGUUUAAGGACUAGGCUAUACCUACUUUCAAAUGCGAAUGUCACUCACUGUCCCUUCCAAUGUAAUCCAGUAGCAUGCUUGUGGUGGCUUGCUUGCUUGCUUAGCCCCAUAGGUCAAGCCCACUCUGAACCCAACUUUGACGUCCCGAAUUGUCAAAAGAAACAGCGCCUGCCAGAAGGUACGUUUUUAUAAAAUCGACCGUAUCCCUCAACACUCUGCCAAUUCCGUAGCCUCUGGCAUUUUGCGUCUUUUCCGUGUUUAGGUCUUCGCCAAAGCGCACGAGCUACUGCUAAAUCUUACACAUUUGCGAGGCACGCGGGGGUGUUUUGGAUUUGUGUCUGUUGUUGUCGUUGUUGACUUUUGCUGUCCCAUCGCGUGUGUUGGGUGAAGAGGAGUACUCUGUGUUCUUUCCUCAGGUAAAUGCUAUGACCAGAUGAUUUUUAAUAGGUUUGAACAGGACAUUUAUUCUUCAGUGAAAAGUCGUCGCCACGUGAACAUAUAGCCUAUAUAUUGUGUCCAUAUGUUGUAAUUACGCAUGUAUAAAUCACUUCUGGCCUCAUAAUAUAGACGAUCAUGUUUUCUGGCUUGUUUGAAUGGUCAAUUCCUCAAGGACAAUAUUAUGUCGCCAGGUGGUAACUUAUGCAGCCAUCCAACUGGCAUGUCUAUCAAGAGUUUCUAUUAUUAGACAAGGAGGAUACAUUUACGCGUGGGAUUUGUGCUUUGCAAGUUCCUCAAGUGAGUGUCCUUUUCCCGGUGCAUCCGAAGUUCCCGCGACACCUAAACCAAUCUAGCUGGAGAAAUAAGAGGCAAAUUCGUACUACAUGUUACUCCCUCACGCUUGGAGAAGUGCACGCCCCAUUGAAACAUAAACCGCGACCGCAGCGCAUGUAGCAACCAUUCUUCAGAACUGUUCCUAUUUGUUUCAUGGGAGGGAGAGGUGUGGUGUGGAUGUACACACACUUUAGGAAACAAAGACAAGACGGAGGUGUGUGCUGCUCCUGUACAGUUUGGCAACAAGUUCAACCCAACCCCCCAGUGGAAUGAAAGAGUUAUGUAAGAUCAGGAUUUUCAAGUAGUAGUGUGUGCAGGCUGGGCCGGGUGUUUGCUGAUCUUGGACUGAAGAAGUAUUCAUAAAACGGAACCUGAAGUCCCAUUGCUGAUCUAGGCCUACUUCCCUCCAAGCCAUGAGUCUGCAGCACUAAAAGCCACACACACACACACACACACACACACACACACACACACACACACACACACACACACACACACACACACACACACACACACACACACACACACACACACACACACACACACACACACACACACACACACACACACACACACACACAAACACUCACACACACAGUAGGCCACCACAGUAAGCCUUAAGUCAAGUCAGAAGGCUACAGCACCGCGGUGCAGCAUGGACGGUGGUCUGGACAUGGCGGAGGAGGAGGUGGAGGCCUCGUGGGGCCUGAUGUCGUGGCUGGCCUCCAGCGUGAUGGUGCUGGGGGGCUCGGUGCCCUACGUGCCCCAGUACCAGGAGAUCACCCGCAGCGGCAACACCGAGGGCUUCUCCACACGCGUCUGCCUGGUGCUGCUCAUCGCCAACAUCCUGCGCAUCUUCUUCUGGAUUGGCAAGCAGUUUGAGUUGACGCUGCUACUGCAGAGUGUGGUGAUGAUCCUGACCAUGUUCGCCAUGCUCCACCUGUGCUGCAGCAUUCAGGGCAGCAACCGCGUCUCCACCAAGCAACACCGCAUCUCAGAUCUGGACCUGCGCUACUUCUGGUGCUGGACGAGUUUUGAGGACUAUGUGAUCUUCUGCUUCGGCUUCACGGUGGCGUGUGCGCUCCUCACCUUCUUCUUCCUGGACUCGCUGCUCUUCGUGGAGGCGCUGGGCUCCCUGGCCGUGCUCUUCGAGGCCAUGCUCGGACUCCCACAGCUCAUGCAGAAUUUCCAGAACCGAUCUACACGGGGCAUGAGUGUGAAGAUGGUCUUGCUGUGGAUGGCCGGUGAUGUUUUCAAGACAGCCUACUUCGUCCUGAACGAGAGUCCGGCCCAGUUCUGCGUGUGCGGCGGUCUGCAGAUCCUGAUUGACAUAGCCAUCCUGCUGCAGGUGGUCUACUACGGCCAGGCCGACUCCCGCCUCAAGCUGCUCUAAACCCCAUUGGUCACUCAACACCACAGCCCCUCCCUUUCUCCUCCCCCUUGGUCACCCCUAGCAACCAUCUCCAUGGCAAUACUGUCGGAACCGAGGUCACAUUCAAAAUCAAAGCAAAUGACUACUUUGGUGCUAAGUGCCUUUUAAAAAAAGUUUUUUUCUCUUUUUAUUUUUAUUUUAGCAUUUAUAUAUUUUACCAUGGUAGCCUAUUUAGAAAUAUGGAGUUAGAUUAGUUGUGAGUUUUA